AUGAGAUGGCGACGCGCCCCGCGCCGCCCGCUGGGUACCAGCCCCAGCGCCCCGCAUCCCCGGCCCGCCGGCCGCUCGCCUCCGCUGCUGCCGCUGCUGCUGCCGCUGCUGCUGCUGUUGGGGACCGCGGCCCUGGCGCCGGGGGCGGCGGCUGAGCGGGCGGCUCCCGCGGGGGCCUCGGUGUGCUACUCGUCUCCGCCCAGCGUGGGCUCGGUGCAGGAGCUGGCCCGGCGCGCCGCGGUGGUGAUCGAGGGAAAGGUGCACCCGCCGCGGCGGCAGCAGGGGGCACUCGACAGGAAGGCAGCGGGCGAGGCAGGGGCAGGGGCGCAGGGACAGCACGCCCAGGACCCACCGCCCUCCCAGGACCCUCCGCCCGCUGCCAACUGGACCCUGCCCACCGGGUCCCCUGCGCCCAGCAUCGACCAACCCGGGGACCCUGCGCCCUAUCUGGUGAAGGUGCACCAAGUGUGGGCGGUAAAAGCUGGGGGCUUGAAGAAGGACUCCUUGCUCACCGUGCGCCUGGACACCUGGGGCCACCCAGCCUUCCCGUCCUGCGGGCGGCUCAAGGAGGACAGCAGGUACAUCUUCUUCAUGGAACCCGAUGCCAACAGCAGCGGCCGCACGCCGCCCGCCUUCCGAGCCUCGUUCCCCCCACUGGAGACUGGCCGCAACCUCAAAAAGGAGGUCAGCCGGGUGCUGUGUAAGCGGUGCGCCUUGCCUCCUCGAUUGAAAGAGAUGAAAAGCCAGGAGUCGGCUGCAGGUUCCAAGCUAGUGCUUCGGUGUGAAACCAGCUCGGAAUACUCUGCACUCAAAUUCAAAUGGUUUAAGAAUGGGAAUGAGCUGAACCGAAAAAAUAAGCCGCAAAACAUCAAGAUUCAGAAAAAGCCAGGGAAGUCAGAACUUCGAAUUAACAAAGCGUCACUGGCUGAUUCCGGGGAGUAUAUGUGCAAAGUGAUCAGCAAGUUAGGGAACGACAGCGCUUCGGCCAACAUCACCAUCGUCGACUCAAAUGAGUUCAUCACUGGCAUGCCAGCCUCAACCGAAAGAGCAUAUGUGUCCUCAGAGUCUCCCAUUAGAAUAUCAGUAUCUACAGAAGGCGCAAAUACUUCUUCCUCCACUUCUACGUCCACAACUGGGACCAGCCAUCUCGUAAAGUGCGCUGAGAAGGAGAAGACUUUUUGUGUCAAUGGUGGCGAGUGCUUCAUGGUGAAAGACCUGACAAACCCUUCGAGAUACUUGUGCAAGUGCCCAAAUGAGUUUACUGGUGAUCGUUGCCAAAACUACGUAAUGGCCAGCUUCUACAAGCAUCUUGGGAUUGAAUUUAUGGAAGCGGAGGAACUCUACCAGAAGAGAGUGUUGACUAUCACCGGCAUCUGUAUCGCCCUGCUGGUGGUCGGCAUCAUGUGUGUGGUGGCCUACUGCAAAACCAAGAAACAGCGGCAAAAGCUUCAUGAUCGGCUUAGGCAGAGCCUUCGAUCUGAACGGAACAACAUGGUGAACAUAGCCAAUGGGCCUCACCAUCCAAACCCACCACCAGAGAACGUGCAGCUGGUGAAUCAAUACGUGUCUAAAAACGUCAUCUCCAGUGAGCAUAUUGUUGAGAGGGAAGCCGAGACCUCCUUUUCCACCAGCCAUUACACUUCCACAACUCAUCACUCCACGACUGUCACCCAGACUCCUAGUCACAGCUGGAGUAACGGGCACACAGAAAGCAUCAUUUCAGAAAGCCACUCUGUAAUCAUGAUGUCAUCAGUAGAAAACAGUAGGCACAGCAGCCCAGCUGGGGGCCCACGAGGACGUCUUCAUGGUCUGGGAGGCCCUCGCGAAUGUAACAGCUUCCUCAGGCAUGCCAGAGAAACCCCUGACUCGUACCGAGACUCUCCUCAUAGCGAAAGGUAUGUAUCAGCCAUGACCACCCCGGCUCGUAUGUCACCUGUAGAUUUCCACACGCCAAGCUCCCCUAAAUCACCCCCUUCGGAAAUGUCUCCACCCGUGUCCAGCUUGACGGUGUCCAUGCCCUCCAUGGCAGUCAGCCCCUUUGUGGAAGAAGAGAGACCUCUGCUUCUCGUGACACCGCCAAGGCUCCGGGAGAAGAAGUGUGAUCGUCACCCCCAGCAACUCAACUCCUUUCAUCACAACCCUGCCCAUCAGAGUACCAGUCUCCCCCCUAGCCCACUGAGGAUAGUGGAGGAUGAGGAAUACGAGACAACCCAGGAGUAUGAGCCAGUUCAAGAGCCUGUUAAGAAACUCACCAACAGCCGGCGGGCCAAAAGAACCAAGCCCAAUGGCCACAUUGCCAAUCGGUUGGAAAUGGGCAACAACACAAGUUCUGUGAGCAGUAACUCAGAAAGUGAAACAGAAGAUGAAAGAAUAGGUGAAGAUACACCAUUCCUGGGCAUACAGAACCCCCUGGCAGCCAGUCUUGAGGCGGCCCCUGCCUUCCGUCUGGCUGAUAGCAGGACUAACCCAGCAGGCCGCUUCUCCACGCAGGAAGAAUUACAGGCCAGGCUGUCUAGUGUAAUCGCUAACCAAGACCCUAUCGCUGUAUAAACCUAAAUAAACACAUAGAUUCACCUGUAAAACUUUAUUUUAUAUAAUAAAGUAUUUCACCUUAAAUUAAACAAUUUAUUUUAUUUUAGCAGUUCUGCAAAUAGAAAACAGGAAAAAAACUUUUAUAAAUUAAAUAUAUGUAUGUAAAAAUGUGUUAUGUGCCAUAUGUAGCAAUUUUUUACAGUAUUUCAAAAAACGAGAAAGAUAUCAAUGGUGCCUUUAUGUUAUGUUAUGUCGAGAGCAAGUUUUAUACAGUUACGGUGGUUGCUUUUUCUCAGUAUUUCAACCAAACCUCCCAUAUAUUCAGUUGCUGCUGGCUUCUUGUGCAUAGCAUUAUGAUGUUGACUGGAUGUAUGAUUUGCAAGGCUAGCAGCUGUCCCUCUGUUUGCUUCCAGUAGCUCCCAACCGGUACUGUCUUGAAAUGGCACAUCCGCCCAAAUACUCUUCUAUUUUGUAUGAAGUCUUUGCUUUCCAAAUAUGAAAUGAGUUCUCUCUACUCUGUCAGCCAAAGGUUUGCUUCACUGGGCUCUGAGAUAAUAGUAGACCCAACAGCAUGCUACUAUUACAUAUAGCAGGAAACUGCAUUAAGUAAUGUUAAAUAUUAGGAAGAAAGUAAUACUGUGAUUUUUAAAAACAAACUAUAUUAUUAAUCAGAAGACAGCUUGUUCUUGCUCAAAGGAGCUACCAUUGACUUUAAUUUUAACAUUUUGGUUGUUGUUGUUCUUGACAAAGAAGAACAGCUUCAAGUCCAGCUUAGAAAGCAGGUUCUGGCUUGCUAUCAGGAUAAAUCUAGCAACUUAAAAGGACUCAGUUUCACUUUCUCUCUGGGUGGAGGGGGAAUGAUCCAGCAGCUCAUCUGUUGACCAACCAACCAUGGCUACUAAAGGUGCAAUCCUUUCUGACAUAUUUUUUUAACUGACUGGUUGAACCCUCUUCUUGGCUCCAGAAGGGGUGCAUCAUAUCAUGAAGCCUCAGCCCCCAGAGUACACUCAGCCAUCCUGUCCAAACCAUUUGUAGGGAGCAAUGUGCCAGCGGUACAUCUCGGUGACUUGGCCAUUGCAGGGAAAUGCCCCACUUGUAGAGUGUUUAGAAGGAGUGAAUGUGUAGAAGUCACAAGGGGAAAGCCGCUGUGUGACCCAGUUGACAUCUUAAAGUUUGGUUGGCCACUCCUUUCUCCCCAUCAUGUGUCUCUCAUGUUCAACAUAGUCUUGAUUAAGUCAUAACUAUGCAUGAAUAUGUUUUGCCAGGAAUGGCCAAUGUGCAUGUGAUUUGUGAUUAGCAAGAACUUUCCACAGUGAUGCCUCACUAGGGAAUGUCAAUAGUGUUGGAAAGAUUGCACCUUUUCUUGGAGAAGCGACCCUCACCUGUGGAUUGAUGAUCUCUCUCCAUAGAUAGCCUGUAUCUCCCAUUUGUCCUCUAUAAGUUUUUUUUUCUCAUACUGUCUCAAAAGCAGGGCUAGGAUUGGUUUUAACUCGUUAUGUACUCUUAUGAUUGUAAAGCCAAUGAAUGCUUAGAGAUAUUAGCAUAUGAACAAAUGUUAAUACAGGAAAAAAGGUGGGGAGGUGGAGAAUAAUCAAUCAUUCAGAACCUUUUAUAUUACCUCCCUAUUAUCUGUCAGUCUGAACUGGUGCUCAUUGGGUUUCUAAGUAAGUUCCUAGGAGCCACAUAUGGGAAAAUGGGAAAUAGUUGAACAGGGGAUUGACAAAGUCAAAGACAAUUAUUGAUCCUAGUUCCCAGUUGAACUGAAUCUAUUUUCUUUACCAGAUCUUUGUUACAAGUCAAGGGAACUAAUCAUACACAAGUAGGGCUCAGAAGAACACUGCAGGCUGACCACAAAUCCAUGUGUUACACUCCUCCAUGUUUUGAAGAGAAACUUGUCUGUUACUCUUAGAAUUUGAUGUCUCUCAUUUCCUGCCAUUGUUCACAUGACAGCUUCUCUGUGCUCAGUGUUGUCAUUUUUUCUUUGUUAGCCCAGACAGAGGAAUGCCUGCUGGAAAAAGCCUGCACUGACUUCUCAGUGCUGCAGGUGGUCAACUCUCCACAGGGAGGACAAGUCAGUAGGCUUGAAGAUAGUCUCUCUACUUAACGUUGACUUUGAAGGCCUUCACUCAUUGAUCAUUUGAUAAAGAAAUUUCUUUAUUGUUCUUUUAAAAGUCUUAGAAAUUCAGUUCCCAAUUGGUUGGUCACUAGGGUAUUGAGAAAGGCCCUUUUAAAAAGAUAGAUUCUCCCGAUGAAAACAAGGAACAGCAUUUUACUAGCACAAGAAGCUCUACAAAUUUGCAAAUUGCAAGUAUACGUGAUCUUUUUUUUUUUCUUCUGUGCUUUACCUGGCAAACACAUUUGUCUUAUUAGUUGGAAAGCCUUUUCCCCAAGAGAGCAAAGCUUCCUUGGUGAGAGCAGCCACUUGGCCGCUCAGGGCUACCUGUGGCAGCCCCUAGCUUUUAUGUUUCUAGGGAUGUCUCUACAAUGCUUCACUGCCAGGUCUCUCUCAACCAUCCUGUUUAUGAACCCAGGCAGAACCGUAGCAAUGCAAAGGAAUGCACGCCUGUGUUCCUAGUAUGCGUGAAGAUGCCUUGCAUUUUAAGGGAGUACAAACGACUCAGAAUUUAACAGAAAAUUGAUUUCUUGGGCCUGAACUCCAAACCACUGAGAGGUAUAUAGCAGGGUAUAGUAGACACCAAAUUCCUUUUGUACUUACUCAAGAUGUGUUUUUUGUCCUGCCUUUUCCUCCGUUUUUCCCCCUGCUCUCAAGAGUGCCUAGUGGACAGCCUUCUGCAGCUUUCUACAAAGCAGGCCUCUGUUUAAGAGAGAAUGUAUCCAGAGCAGCAAUAUGCCAUCUCUAUCUUGUUUCUGUGUGACUGUCCAUAUAGAUGGAGUCUAUCCAGGGUAACUUUCUCUGUAUCGAUUCCUCUUCUGGCUGGAGAUUGAAGGUAGAUGGCUCCUAUCAGUGAAUAAGGAAGAUCUGACCUUCCCUUUUAGUCCUGGCUGCCUUCCAGCAGCUACAGAAAUUUCUGUCCACUAAGAUCCAUGACACACUAUGGAGACAUGCAGACAACAUGGAAUGGCCACAAAUCACAAUUUCUAUUAUAUAUUCUUUUGUAAAUACAUAUUGUAUAGUACUUGGAUGUUUUCUUAAGUCAUAUACUGUCUCUAUGAGUUAAUGUUAGGUUUUACUCUCAUACUGUAUAACAUUGUAAAUAACAUAAUGUCCUUUAUUAUUUAUAUUUAAGCAUCUAACAUAGAGAAUUGUUUUCAUAUAAGUUUAAGAUAAAUGUUUAAAAUAUAUGUUUUUUUUCUUUGCUUUAAAAUUAUGUACUUUUUCUUUUUCAUUUUUAAAGAAUAAUUUAUUGUUCAGGAGAAAGAAUAUAUAUGUAACUGAAACUAUUUGAAGAACGCACAUUUGAAGGCCAUGAGGUACUGAUAAACUAAAGAAUUUAUUAUCUCAAAUACUAAGCAAUAAGUAAUUGUGAUUUAUUUAAAGGUUUGUUCACUUCCCAAGAAAGUCAUACUGCAAUAAAAAUGCUAACUCUAUGGAGACAUGAGCGUGUUGCUCAGCAGACAAACAUUGCAGUCUGUUAGAGCAGACUUAGCAUCUAGCCAUGACAGCUGUGCUACCUAGGACUGUGCUUCGUGGACCCCAUGACCAUCCUGUCUCUGUUGAUUUUGCUGCAUUGCCCGUCCUUGAGUCACCUGCCUCCCAACUCUGUUUCACACUUCAUUCCUUGCUGUAGGAGACACAUAGUCAAGCAAUAGGAUGCUCCAUUCCAUAGCCACCAAACAUCCAUUUACAAAGAUAUCAGAGGGAAACAUUGCAUACCUUUCUGGAUCCUGCUUGUCGAUAUGUGCUGCAGUGACGUCAUGAAACUUAUUCUCAUUAAGGGCAAUGACUUUAUGUGACAAUCCUAUGCAAACAUAAAG